GGUCGCCAUGUCAAAACAGGCCAGCUUGCCGCCAUCAAAGUUAUGGAUGUCACUGGCGUAAGUCACACACACAGAUGCACAAAACCAUUAAAAAAACUGCCUUUCACAGACUCAUUUGAGCAAUCCAAUUCCGCAACGUGUUUGGUGUGUGUAAAACCUAAGUGUGGCUGUGGAUCAGGUGUGAGGACAAAAAGAGUCAACAUUUAGCAAGUACAGCUUAUUUUAGAUACAUCUCUCUCUCCUUACUCUCGUCUCCUUUCGAGUAAGCCAGUCAAACAGGCACGUGCCGCCAUCAUAAGUUGGGUAUGUACUGGCGUUAAGUACAACACAGUGCCAAACCAUUAAAAAAAUGCCUUUCACAGACUAUUUGAGAAUCCUCAAUUCUCUUGUCACUGUGUUUGUUCCGUGCUGUAAAACUCUACAGUUCUCGCUGUCGCUUCGUGUUCCGGAUGACGCGACCAAGUGAUGCUUCUUCUCAUUUCUCUAAUGCCGUAUCCUCUAAUCUCUUGAGAAAGUCAGCCCCAUCGAACAAUCUGCUACCAUACGGUGCCUCGUCAGAGACCCCUCCUGGCUCGACGACCAGCUAUGGUUGUCAUGCUUGUUGUCGUCGUGUGAGCUGCUGUCAGUUGGUGUGCUCUUAUCUCCCGUUCUCAAAUCGCUACGUCAAUCUCGCUCGUCUCUCUCUCUCUCUCUCUUCCUCUUUCUCUUCUUCUCUCUCUCUCUUUCCUUUCUUCUUUCUCUUUCUUUCUCUUUCUUCUCUGUCUAUGUAGUUGGUGGGAGUUUGGGGCAGGUCAGUGACAGAUCUAUAGAACACCAAGGGGAACACUCUGAAGGAGGAGUGGACUGCCUACAUCUGCAGAGAGAUCCUCAGGGUAUCAUUUCAAUUCAGUUAAAUUCAAAGGGCUUUAUUGGCAUUGAAAACAUGUUUACAUUGUCAAAGCAAGUGAAAUAGAUAAUAAACAAAAGUGAAAUAAUCAAUCAAAAAUGAACAGUAAACAUUACACUCACAUGUUUCAAAGGAAUAGACACAUUUCAAAUGUAAUAUUAUGUCUAUAUACAGUGUUGUAACGAUGUGCAAAUGGUUAAAGUACAAAAGGGAAAAUAAAUCAACAUAAAUAUGGGUUGUAUUUACAAUGGUGUUUGUUUUUCACCGGUUUUCUUGUGGCAACGGGUCACAAAUCUUGCUGCUGUGAUGGCACACUGAGAUAUGGAAGUUUAUCAAAAUUGGAUUUGUUUUCAAAUUCUUUGUAGGUCUGUGUAAUCUGAGGGAAAUAUGUGUCUAUUGUCAUACAUUUGGUAAAUUCUUUCCAAUGUGUCAAGUAAUUAUAUUUUAGUUGUCAUGAUUUGGUUGGGUCUAAUUGUGUUGCUGUCCUGGGGCUCUGUGGGGUCUGUUUGUGUUUGUGAACAGAGCCCCAGGACAGCAACAUAAUUAGACCCAACCAAAUCAUGACAAAACAAAAAUAUAAUUACUUGACACAUUGGAAAGCUUUGUUAUGGAAGGCUUGGGAAUCGCUUCCUUUUAGACGGUUGUAGAAUUUAACGGCUCUUUUCUGGAUUUUGAUAAUUAGCAGGUAUCGGCCUAAUUCUGCUCUGCAUGCAUUAUUUUGUGUUUUACGUUGUACACAGAGGAUGUUUUUGCAGAUUUCUGCAUGCAGAGUCUCAAUUUGGUGUUUGUCCCAUUUUGUGCAUUUUUGGUUGGUGAGUGGACCCCAGACCUCACAACCAUCAAGGGCAAUGGGUUCUAUAACUGAUUCAAGUAUUUUUAGCCAGAUCCUAAUUGGGAUGUCGAAUUUGAUGUUCCUUUUGAUGGCAUAGAAGGCCCUUCUUGCCUUGUCACCCUCUCUCACCUCUGUCUCUAACUCCCCCAAAUCUAAAACUAAUGCAAUCAAGAUAUUUGGAAUGAAACCUACUGAAAUUAUGCCUUAUAAUAACCAACCCUUAUCUCUCUCUCUCUCUCUCCCUCUCUAGGGUCUGACCCAUCUCCACCAACACAAGGUCAUCCACAGAGACAUCAAGGGUCAGAACGUCCUGCUGACAGAGAACGCAGAGGUCAAACUGGGUGAGACACACAGACAAACAGGCAUGCAGACAGAUGGACGGACAGAGCAAAAUGUUUCACCUGUGUGUGUGUGUGUGUGUGUGUGUGUGUGUUCCAGUGGACUUUGGUGUGAGUGCCCAGUUGGACCGCACGGUGGGGAGGAGGAACACGUUUAUAGGGACACCAUAUUGGAUGGCUCCUGAAGUCAUCGCCUGCGACGAAAACCCUGAGGCCACCUACGACUUCAAGGUACCACAGUAGGCUGUGUGUAUGUAAGUGUAUUUUCCCUGGUCAUCUCCUCAAUCCCUCUUAACUCGUGUGUCUCUCUCUCUCUCUCUCUCUCUCUCUCUCUGUCUCUCUCUGUCUCUCUCUGUCUCUCUCUCUGUCUCUCUCUGUCUCUCUGUCUCUGUCUCUCUGUCUCUCUCUCUGUCUCAGAGUGACCUGUGGUCUCUGGGUAUUACGGCUAUAGAGAUGGCAGAAGGGGCACCGCGUAAGUACCAGCGCCUACCACAACACAUCGUAGGCUGGCACAACCGUGAAUACCGUGUUAUAAGUACCAGCGCCUAACACAACGUAGGCUGGCACAACAGUGAAUAACGUGGCAUUAGACACUAUCAGACGUUGUGUGCGUUGGUUGGCAGUAUCGUGGUUUGUUAACCCUUUAACUCUGGUGUUAACCCUUUCUCUUCCUCUCUGCAGCACUGUGUGACAUGCACCCAAUGAGAGCUCUCUUCCUCAUCCCCAGAAACCCCGCCCCCAGACUCAAGUCCAAGAAGUGGUAAGUUAUCACACGCACACACACACACAUACACACACACAUACACACACACAUACACACACACAUACACACACACACACACACACACACACACACACACACACACACACAUACUCACUGUGUUGGCUCUAUGUGUGUUCAGGUCUAAGAAGUUCCAGUCGUUCAUAGAGAGUUGCUUGGUGAAGAGUCAUGGUCAGAGACCCAGCACAGAACAACUUUUGAAGCACCCAUUCAUCAGAGAGCUGCCCAACGAACGACAGGUCCGCAUCCAACUGAAGGACCACAUCGACAGAACCAAGAAGAAACGUGGAGAGAGGGGUGAGACUGACCGCAACAGACACACACAAGCACAUCCGUGCACACAAACACACACACACACACACACAUCUGCAUCCAGCUGAAGAAAAGUCUGCCAAAAGAAAACAAUAGAGGGUUCAGAUCCAACUGGUUGAUGUGAGUGUAACUGGUUGAUGUGUGUGUGUUUGUAACUAGUUGAUGUGUGUGUGUUUGUAACUGGUUGAUGUGUGUUUGUAACUGGUUGAUGUGUGUGUUUGUACAGUGCAUUCGGAAAGUAUUCAGACCCCUUGACUUUUUCCACAUUUUGUUACGUUACAGCCUUAUUCUAAAAUUGAUUAAAUUGUUUUUUUCCCUCAUCAAUAUACACACAAUAACCCAUAAUGACAAAGCAAAAACAGGUUUUUAGAUUUUUUUGCAAAUGUAUUAAACAUAAAAAACUGAUUUUACAUAAGUAUUCAGACCUUUUACUCAGUACUUUGUUGAAGCACCUUUGGCAGCGAUUACAGCCUCGAGUCUUCUUGGGUAUGACGCUACAAGCUUGGCACACCUGUAUUUGGGCAGUUUCUCCCAUUCUUCUCUGCAGAUCCUCUCAAGCUCUGUCAGGUUGGAUGGGGAGUGUCGCUGCACAGCUAUUUUCAGGUCUCUCCAGAGAUGUUCGAUCAGGUUCAAGAACGGGCUCUGGCUGGGCCACUCAAGGACAUUCAGAGACUUGUCCCGAAGCCACUCCUGCGUUGUCUUGGCUGUGUGCUUAGGGUCAUUGUCCUGUUGGAAGGUGAACCUUCACCCCAGUCUGAGGUCCUGAGCACUCUAGAGCAGGUUUUUAUCAAGGAUCGCUCUGUACUUUGCUUCGUUCAUCUUUCCCUCGAUCCUGACUAGUCUCCCUGUCGCUGAAAAACAUCCCCACAGCAUGAUGCUGCCACCACCAUGCUUCAUCGUAGGGAUGGUGGCAGGUUUCCUCCAGACGUGACACUUGGCAUUCAGGCCAGUGUCAGCAGGCCAGAGUUCAGUCUUGGUUUCAUCAGACCAGAGAAUCUUGUUUCUCAUGGUCUGAGAGUCCUUUAGGCUCCUUUUGGCUAACUUCAAGCGGGCUGUCAUGUGCCUUUUACUGAUUGGAGUGCUGCAGAGAUGGCUGUCCUUCUGGAAGGUUCUCUCAUCUCCACAGAGGAACUCUGGAGCUCUGCCAGAGUGAUUAUCAGGUUCUUGGUCACCUCCCUGACCAAGGCCCUUCUCCCCCGAUUGCUUAGUUUGGCCGGGCGGCCAGCUCUAGGAAGAGUCUUGGUGGUUCCAAACUUCUUCAAUUUAAGAAUGAUGGAGGCCCUGUGUUCUUGGGGACCUUCAAUGCUGCAGAAAUUAUUUGGUACCCUUCCCCAGAUCUGUUUCUCAACACAAUCCUGUCUCGGAGCUCUACGGACAAAUUGUUCAACCUCAUGGCUUGGUUUUUGCUCUGACAUGCACUGUCAACUGUGGGACCUUAUAUAGACAGGUGUGUGCCUUUCCAAAUCAUGUCCAAUCAAUUGAAUUUACCACAGGUGGACAAUCAAGUUGUAGAAACAUCUCAAGGAUGAUCAAUGGAAACAGGAUGCACCUGAGCUCAAUUUUGAGUCUCGUAGCAAAGGGUCUGAAUACUUAUGUAAAUAAGGUAUUUCUAAAAACCUGUUUUUGCUUUGUCAUUAUGGGCUAUUGUGUGUAGAUUGAUGAGGGGGAAAAAAUAUUGAAUCCGUUUUAAAAUAAGGCUGUAACGUAACAAUGUGGGGAAGGGGUCUGAAUACUUUCAGAAUGCACUGUAACUGGUUGAUGUGUAUUAGUGUAACUGGUUGUGUGUGUGUUUGUAACUGGUUGUGUGUGUGCGUGUGUUUGUAACUGGUUGAUGUGUGUGUGUGUAACUGGUUGAUGUGUGUAACUAGUUGAUGUGUGUGUAACUGGUAGGUGUGUGUAACUGGUAGAUGUGUGUAACUGGUAGAUGUGUGUAACUGGUAGAUGUGUGUGUGCUGCAGAUGAAACAGAGUAUGAGUACAGUGGCAGUGAGGAAGAGGAGGAGGAACGGGACAUGGGGGAGCCAAGGUAGGGUGUGUGUGCUUGUGCAUACAUGCACUGGUGUUUGCGUGUAUAUUUUCCUCCAAAUGUGGGACAGAGAUUUACACUCAUAAACCCUCCCUCUCCUAUCUCUCCUCUGAUUGGUCCUUGUCCAGCUCCAUCAUCAACGUCCCUGGGGAGUCGACGUUAAGGCGGGACUUCCUGCGGCUGCAGCUGGCCAAUAAGGAGCGUUCUGAGGCUCUGCGGAGGCAGCAGUUGGAGCAACAGCAGAAUGAGGAACACAAACGCCUCCUGUUGGCAGAACGACAGAAACGCAUAGAGGAGCAGAAAGAACAGAGGAGGAGACUGGAGGAGGUAGAGCGCAUGGUCUUGACCUCAUCAUGCCCACCUGAACACAACUGUUCUGCAUCAGAUAGUUUCUGUUCACAUUGCAUUUUCCAGCACGGCUCGGCUCCAUUACAUGUCUGGUGCCAGCUAUGACCCUCUCGCUCGCUCGUUCUCUUUCUAUCUCUCUCAAUCUCCAUCUCUCUCUCUCUUUCUCCAACAGCAACAGCGUAGGGAGCGCGAGAUGAGGAAGCAACAGGAGAGAGAACAGAGGAGACACUAUGAAGAGAUGGAACAACUACGGAGAGAUGAGGAGAGGAGGCAUGCAGAGAGAGAACAGGUACACACACAGGUAACUCUCAGGUGCGCACACACCCUCACACUCUCACUCUCUCACACACCCACACACCUCACACACACACACACACACACAUUGACCAGGAAUCACCCCAGUCUGCCACAGCUCUGUUGUUGCAGACCAGACAGACUGACAUUUAGGUUUUAUGUCUCAGGGCAGGUAUAGUUAGGGUCUGGGUCUAGGGUCGGGAUGACUCUGCUUUGUUAAUGCUUCUCUUUCACUCUGAUGUUUAACACUCAGUCUCUAAUAAAACGUGUUUUUCUCUCUUACACACUUGAUUCAAUACUAAGUACCUUGGGGUGGUUCUAUACUGAAGCAUCAAGUCUCUUUUCUUGGUAAUACCUUGUUCUUUUUCUUUUUUCAACUGAAUCUGUUUCACUGCGCUCUCUCUCCUUCCUCCCUUAUCCCUUCCUCUCUCCACCUCCUAUCAUGUCACUCCAUCUCGCUUCUAUUUUGGUUUUAAUCCUUACUUUGGUUUCUUUCAUUCUCAAAAAAUCUUCUCCUUAAUCUGUCCUUGUACUCUCUCUCUCACUCCCUCUCACCCCUUUCACCUCCAUCACCCCCUUUCACCUCCAUCACCCCCUUUCACCUCCAUCGCCCCCUUUCACCUCCUCCAUCGCCCCCUUUCACCUCCUCCAUCGCCCCCUUUCACCUCCUCCAUCGCCCCCUUUCUGUCUCCGUUGACUGCUCUGAUGACUCACCUGGCUGCGCUGGGCUCUGAUUGGCUGAUCACCUGGCUGUCUGGCCUGUGAUUGGGUAGGAGUAUAUCCGUAGGCAGCUGGAGGAGGAGCAAAGACAGCUGGAGAUUCUACAGCAACAACUACUCCAGGAGCAGGCUCUACUGAUGGUAACCUCUCACCCUUGACCUAUCACCCCUGAGUGCUCAGCCUAUCACCUAUCACUGUGUAGGCUCCACAACAACCCCUCAUCACUCUUGUUGCGCAAGCAUAUACACUAUAUAUACAAAGGUAUGUGGACACCCCUUCAAAUUAGUGGAUUCGGCUAUUUCAGCCAUACCCAUUGCUGACAGGUGUAUAAAAUGAGCACACCGCCAUGCAAUCUCAAUAGACAAACUGCAUUGCUUAUAGUCAGCAAUGGAUGCCCAUUACUGAAGGAGCUCACUGUUUGACUUUGUAACCGUGGAUCACCGUCAUAGGGAUGACACCUUUCCAACAAGGCAGUCAGUCUCGUCAAAUUCUCUGCUUCCCUGCUAAGAUUCGCUGCCGCCCCGUCAACUGUAAGUGCUGUUAUUGUGAAGUGGAAACGUCUAGGAGCAACAACGGCUCAGCCGCGAAGUGGUAGGCCACACAAGCUCACAGAACGGGACCACUGAAGCACGUAGUGCGUAAAAAUCAUCUGUCCUCGGUUGCAACACUCACUACCGAGUUCCAUUACUGCCUCUGAAAGCAACGUCGGCACAAAAAUUGUUAGUCGAGGAGGUUCAUGAAAUGGGUUUCCAUGGCCGAGCAGUUGCACACAAGCCUAAGAUCACCAUGCAUAGUACCAACUGUAAAGUUUGGUGGAAGAGGAAUAAUGGUCUAGGGCUGUUUUUCAUGGUUCGGGCUAGGCCCCUUAGUUCCAGUUAAGGGAAAUCUUAACGCUACAGCAUACAAUGACAUUCUAGAUGAUUCUGUGCUUCUCAGCAUGACAAUGCCCCUGUGCACAAAGCGAGGUCCAUACAGAAACGGUUUGUCGAGAUCGGUGUGGAAGAACUUGACUGAUCUGCACAGAGCCCUGACCUCAACAACAUCGAACACUUUUGGGAUGAAUUGGAACGCCGACUGCAAGCCAGGCGUAAUCGCCCAACAUCUGUGCCCAACCUCACUAAUGCUCUUGUGGCUGAAUGGAAGCAAGUCCCCGCAGCAAUGUUCCAACAUCUAGUAGAAAGCCUUCCCAGAAGAGUGGAGGCUGUUAUAGUAGCAAAGGGGGGGACCAACUCCAUAUUAAUGCCCAUGAUUUUGGAAUGAGAUGUUUGACACGUCCACAUACUAUUGGCCAUUUAGUGUACUUUGUGUUUGUGCAUUUGUUCCUGUGUGAACCGUGUGUGUGUGUGUGUGUGUGUGUGUGUGUGUGUGUAACUACAGGAGUACAAGCGUAAGCAGAUUGAGGAGCAGCGCCAGGCUGAGCGGCUCCAGAGACAGUUGCAGCAGGAGAGGGCCUACCUGGUGUCCUUACAGCAGCAGCAGCAGGAGCCACGGCCGCAAGACAACAAACAGCUGUACCACUACAAAGACACAGCCCCUAAUAACGACAAACCUGCCUGGGCCAAGGAGGUACUGUACGCACACACACACACACACACGCACACACACACACACACACACACACACACACACACACGCACACAGCACUUAUAGAUGGGUUCAGUUUAUUUGGUUACACACCAACAGUAUAUUAUGUCUCCUACAAUGAUCUCUCUCGUCUCAGGAUUUAUGUUUUCUGGAGAGUGGGAGCCCUGUAGCAUUGCUAUGUCUGGAUUAUAAAUCAUAUCAAAAUGUCUCCAACACAUACAGUGUCUCCAUCAUGGACAGCCCCUUUACUGUUUGCGUUUACUCUUAAUGUUUUUUUCAGGUUCUUCCACGGUAAUGUGUGUGUGUGUGUGUGUGUGUGUGUGUGUGUGUGUGCUUGAUUUAGUAGACAGGUGUGUGUAAAGUGACAGUGUGUCCACAUAGCUACAGUGCCUUGCAAAAGUAUUCAUCCCCCUUGGCGUUUUUCCUAUUUUGUUGCAUUACAAACUGUAAUUUAAAUGGAUUUUUAUUUGGAUCUCAUGUAAUGAACAUACACAAAAUAGUCGAAAUUGGUGAAGUGAAAUGAAAAAAAUAACUUGUUUAAGAAAAUUCUAAAAAAUAAAUAACGGAAAGGUGGUGCGUGCAUAUGCAUUCACCCCCUUUGCUAUGAAGCCCCUAAAUAAGAUCUGGUGCAACCAAUUACCUUCAGAAGUCACAUAAUUAGUUAAAUAAAUUCCACCUGUGUGCAAUCUAAGUGUCACAUGAUCUGUCACAUGAACACCUGUUCUGAAAGGCCCCAGAGUCUGCAACACCACUAAGCAAGGGACACCACCAAGCAAGUGGCACCAUGAAGACCAAGGAGCUCUCCAAACAGGUCAGGGACAAAGUUGUGGAGAAUUACAGAUCAGGGUUGGGUUCUAAAAAAAUAUUAGAAACUUUGAACAUCCCACGGAGCACCAUUUAAAUCCAUUAUUUAAAAAAAAUGGAAAGAAUAUGGCAUCACAACAAACAUGCCAAGAGAAGGCCGCCCACCAAAACUCACAGACCAGGCAAGGAGGACAUUAAUCAGAGGCAACAAAGAGACCAAAGAUAACCCUGAAGGAGCUGUAAAGCUCCACAGCGGAGAUAGGAGUAUCUGUCAAUAGGACCACUUUAAGCCGUACACUCCACAGAGCUGGGCUUUACGGAAGAGUGGCCAGAAAAAAGCCAUUGCUUAAAGAAAAAAAUAAGCAAACACGUUUGGUGUUCGCCAAAAGACUCCCCAAACAUAUGGAAGAAGGUACUCUGGUCAGAUGAGACUAAAAUUGAGCUUUUUGGCCAUCAAGGAAAACGCUAUGUCUGGCGCAAACCCAACACCUCUCAUCACCCCGAGAACACCAUCCCCACAGUGAAGGAUGGUGGUGGCAGCGUCAUGCUGUGGGGAUGUCUUUCAUCGGCAGGGACUGGGAAACUGGUCAGAAUUGAAGGAAUGAUGGACGGCGCUAAAUACAGGGAAAUUCUUGAGGGAAACCUGUUUCAGUCUUCCAGAGAUUUGAGACUAGGAUGGAGGUUCACCUUACAGCAGGACAAUGACCCAAAGCAUACUGCUAAAACAACACUCGAGUGGUUUAAGGGGAAACAUUUAAAUGUCUUGGAAUGGCCUAGUCAAAGCCCAGACCUCAAUCCAAUUGAGAAUCUAUGGUAUGACUUAAAGAUUUCUGUACACCAUCGGAACCCAUCCAACUUGAAGGAGCUGGAGCAGUUUUGCCUUGAAGAAUGGGCAAAAGUCCCAGUGGCUAGAUGUGCCAAGCUUAUAGAAACAUACCCCAAGAGACUUACAGCUGUAAUUGCUGCAAAAGGUGGCUCUACAAAGUAUUGACUUUGGGGGGGUGAAUAGUUACGUUUUCAGUUUUUUUUGUCAAAUUUCUUGUUUGUUUCACACUAAAAAAAUGUUUGCAUCUUCAAAGUGGUAGGCAUGUUGUGUAAAUCAAAUGAUACAAACCCCAAAAAAAUGAUUUUAAUUCCAGGUUGUAAGCAACAAAAUAGGAAAAAUGCCAAGGGGGGUCAAUGCUUUUGCAAGCCACUGUAUAUGUGUUUGAUGUGUAAAGUGACAGUGUGUCCACAUAGCUAUAUGUGUUUGAUGUGUUCAGUGUGUGUGUGGUGAUCUGUAUGACGCCCCAUGUCUCUAGGUAAUGCGUCAAGCCCAGAGUAACUCACCUCGUAUUCCUCCCAAGAAGCACCACUCCUUUAACCAGCCUCGAGAUGCCAACCUAUCACACCUCCUGCUCCCUGGUUACACCCCCCGCUCCCGUCCCCCUUCCUACCCUGCCCAAUCAAGUCCCUCCAGGGAGAGGCUUCUCCAAUCUGAAGGCAAAAAUGUGAACGUUCCGUGUAUACGUGUAUCCUGUGCCCCUGAUCCCGCCCCUGACUCCUCUCAUCCAAUCAUGCGUCGCCCUGAAGCCAGAAGGAGGAGCCCUGAGGGAGAAGUUCAGGAGUUGAGGGGGAUGUGUCCAGGUCAACGGGUCAGUGAGGGAAACACCCACUUCCGGUGUCUCUGAGACACUUCCUCCCUCUCUCUCCAGAGGUGGACUAACCCUAACCUUUAACCCUUGGCUGGUGUGUCUGUGGAGCUCUCUCUCUCUCUAUUUCUCUCUCCCAUCCCUCCUUUCUUCUGGACGGGACUCUCCUUUACUUAUUAACAAUUUUCUCUUCCCUUACACCAGGGGACAGACUCCUGAAAGAACCCUGCCUGGAAUGUUCUAUGUUCUAGAGUAGUGUCUAGAGAGUUCUAGAAUGGUGGCUGGAUGGUUCUACGUUACUGGUGAUUUUUAGAAUGGUGGCUGGAGAGUUCUAGAAUGGUGGCUGGAUGGUUCUAGAACGGUGGCUGGAUGGUUCUACGUUACUGGUGAUUUUUAGAAUGGUGGCUGGAGAGUUCUAGAACAGCUUUCUUUUCUCUCUACAUUCUAGAAUGGUGCCUAGAAUCUUUUAGAAUGGUUAUACAUGUACUCUCAAAGACUAACAGAUUUGCCAUUUCGAGAUUAUCGUCUGUUUCAUUAACCCCUCCCCCCAUCGCUCUCUUCCUCUAGAGGUCAGACUGUCAGUCAAAAUGUUUUAGUCUGCUUUAUACAUAGACACCAUGUUCUUAGGGACACACUCCAGCUCCUGAUUUAGCCUAGAUCCAGGCCACACACACACACACAUAUCCGCCUUGCCCCCCAGUGGCCACUGUGAGCUGAUGUAGGCCAGCCGCAGAUAUAUCUGUCUUAAGCCCACAUGGGUUUACCUCUUCCCUCUGGACACCCACACACAGGUACAUGCACAGGCACCAACAGGCACACUGUAGCUAGGUCUGUCUCUGUGCUCUCUCCUGAAAAUGGCUUCUCCUUCUCCAUGGUAACGGCUCUGAGGGAAACGGGAGGUUUGACACACGUCACACAUACAUGCGUUGAUAAAUCUGUCACUGACUGCCAAUAUAAAUGAGUCUGCUCUAACUGUGUGUGUCUGUCAGGUGGAGGAGCGUUCCAAGCUGAACAGACAGAGUUCUCCAGCGCUGCAUCAUAAAGUGUCCAACCGUAUCUCCGACCCGUCCCUGCCUCCCCGCUCAGAGUCCUUCAGCAGCGGGGGCAUUCAGCAGGCCCGAACACCACCCAUGCACCGCUCCGCAGAACCACAGGUGUGUGUGUGUGGGACUGGGAAAGUGUAUGUGCAUGUUUACCCUUUUUGAUAUUUGUUUUUCACUCCGAGUAACUGUCCCUUCCCCUUUCUUCCCCACCCCCUUCCUCCUCCAACCAUUCCUCCUCCUCUCCUUUCCUCACCUGCCUCUCUUCCUCCUCUACACCUGCUCCUCUACCUGCCUGGUCCUGAUGUAAACCUCAUCCUCUGGUCCUGUUCCUGCUCCUCUACCUGCCUGGUCCUGAUGUAAACCUCAUCCUCUGGUCCUGUUCUGGUUCUGGUCUUGUCAGAUGGCCCACCUGGUGCAGGUGAAGUCCCAUGGUCUGUCUGGGUCCCAGUCUCUUCACGACCCUGCAGGGGUCACAGGCCUGUCCCCCUCCCCAUCCCCAUCCCCCGGCCGCCCCCCCAUGCCCCGCCAGAACUCUGACCCCACCUCAGACACCCCUCCUCCUAUUCCUCUCCCCCGCCUCGCUCCCCCACCCGACAAACUGGAGCGCAGCUCCUGGCUACGAACGGACCUAGACCUACCUCCCAAGGUCUGGAAUGCAAUGUCUCUGAACUGUUGGUGCCCCAUACGAUUCUUAAUCUCAAAUCUCUAUGUACAUAUUUUGGCAAAUUUAGUUUGAGAUUGAGAAUACAGUAUAUAAUCCCACAUUUACACCUGUUCUAACAGGUUUUUAAUGUGUGUGUGUGUGUGUGUGUGUGUGUGUGCAGGUGCCCCAGAGGACCACGUCUAUCUCUCCAGCCCUGGUCAGGAAGAACUCACCUGGGAAUGGACCUGGGGGCCUUGCUCCUAGAGCUGGAUCACACCUGAUACGGGCCAGGUACACACACACACACACACACACACACACACACACACACACUCUCCAUGUUCCUUUGUGAAUCAGGCAGUUGAUGUUGUGUUUGUGUGUGUUGCCAAAGUAACCCAGACCUGCGGAGGACUGAUGUCUCCAUGGAAACACCCCUGAAGAGGACGGGCAGCAGCAGUUCCUCCAGCUCCUCCCAGGGGGGAAGCAACGAGAGAGGUACACAUACCACCACCACACAGGGUGUUUCUCAAUAUGCAUACUACCCUGCUCCACACUCUCAUGCUCCAUGUGCAUUCUCCAAGGACAUUCUCUUGAGUGCAUUCUUGUGAGGACGAGCGUGUGGAGAACACAUUAAACAUUACAUUUGAGAAGCACCCGCACUCCACCUACUGUAUUACCUCACGCUGCACCUCCCCAUUCACUGAACCUUCUUCCAGCCAGGACAAUGGCAACAUUAGAGAAGAAACAAGAUAUUCACAAAGCAAACUUUUUACUUCAUAAUUAUCAGCUAGCUAUAUAUGAAUCGUAAUAAUCUAGCUAGCCAGCUAGUUAAACAGGCAAAAAUGACCUAAAACUAUUGUUAUGCAAGGUAGAUGUACAGUUUUCGUGGGUAGCUAGUUACCAAUUAUUCGUGGCUGGCUAGCUAGCCAGUUAGCCCUAUUGACUUACUAUGGACUUAGCCAUUCACUGAACCUUCUCCCAGCCAGGACAAUGGCAAUAGAGACAAAACAAGAUAUACACAAAGCAAACGUUUUACUUCAUAACUAUCAGCUAGCUAUAUGUGAAUGGUAAUAAUAUAGCAAACCAGAUAGUUUAACAGGCAAAAAUUACCUAAAACUAAUGGGUAGAUGUCAAUUAUUCGUGGGUAGCUAGCUAGCUAACAAUUCUUCGUGGCUAUCAGUAGUAGCUAACAGUAGUAGCUAGCCUGUUAGGCCUAUUGACUUACUAUGGGUUUGUGAUUUACGCACACUACAGUGGGUAUUGUAGGCAGGUAAACAUGCCAAAAUGAUCACAGCAUGUAUUUAUUCAGAUAAAAUAGUCAUGCAACAUAUGAUGUGAAUAGGCAACAUUUCAUUCUGAAGUCUGUGUGGAUCUCUCGCCUCAGCUCAAAUAAUGACUGCCAUUGAUUUAAAGAAAUUGAGCGUAAUUUUUUUUUACGUGGUUGCGUCAUAUUUCUGUGCAUACUUUCCAUUGAAGCUUGCAUCGAUGCAUGCUUAAAAAUAUGUACAAACUGAGUACGCAUUCGAAAGGUGCCCGCCGUGUUCCGUUUCGCAUACUUUGAUUUGGACUCAUACUCCAACCCUCCUGUGUUCCAAUUUGCGUGCUUGGAGCACGGUAGUAUGCAUUUUGAGAAACACCCACAGAUUCCAUGUGUUACUAUAAAGGUCUCAGCUUUUUAAGACUAUAGACAGAAGAAAAAAAUGUGAUUGGUUGACUAUUUAAUGAGCAGUGACACGAUCGAUUGACAGGGGCGGAGGGGUCCGUGGCGCCGCCCCAGAAGACCAAAGAAGAGAACAGAGAUGUGACACUGACACGACCGAGCAGGCCCGCGGUGAGUGUACGCGCGCACGCACGCACGCACACACCUCAUUUUCUUAUUUGAACUAACCAAUCUUAUCUCUCUUUCAUCUUCUCUCCUCUUUUUCCCACAUUCCUUUUUUAUUCUCUCUCUCCUUUCCCCUCUCUGCGUUUCUCUCCAUCCCGUUUAGAGCUAUAAGAGAGCUGUAGAUGAGGUUAGUGCCAUUUCUGCUCGCCCUUUCGCCAUAUCUCUCUCAACCCUUUACUCCCUAGCUCUUUCACCCAUUCACCCAUUCAGGCAGACUGGGGAGCAUUGGAGCUGAGUUUCCCCUAAGACUGAUGACCUCUAACCCCUGAACUCUAACCCCUUAACUCCUGUUCCCUGAACCCUAACCCCUCUAUUAGUGACCUUUCCUGACUGCAUCCUGACUGAAGCCUCAUUGUUCCUCACUCACACUCUGGGGAAUUAGUUAACGGCUGAAAAAUCUGUGUAAAACAUUGUGCCAAUAAAAUAUUGCCCAUGAAUCAAAGCAACUGUUACUGCAUCCACCGCGUGAGGGUUGACCUUUUUAUAAUAUCCUCUCCUGACCUUUGACCUCCAGGACCUGACGGCUCUGGCCAAAGAGCUGAGGGAGCUGCGACAGGGGGAGGAGCCUAACCGCCCGCCCGUCAAGGUGACGGACUACUCCUCGUCCAGUGAUGAGUCACAGAGUGAUGAGGAGGGAGAGGGAAGAAGUAACGACGGCUCUGUGUCUGUCAGCGACAUCCCACGCAUCAUGUGAGUGUGUGUUAGAAAGUGAGUGUGUGUCUGCAUUUUAGCUAUGUAUUUUAAACUUGUGUGUGUCAGGCCGGCUGCGGGGCAGAGUGGCGGUGAGUCGUACGGUGUGAUGGGAGGACAUGAUGAUUCCCACGGCAACAGUUCCCAAGACAGCUCCCUGAUGAGAGAGGUCAGUCACCUUCAACCCCUGACCCCAGGGCUCCGCUCUGCCCACUUUAUACACAACUCAACAGCCAGCAUCCAUGCAUGCACUCAGCUCGUGUAUGUGUGUUUCUCUGCAUUGUCACCAGUCGUCACUCUGCUUCUUCACUCCUCUGGGUUCACCCACCUUCCACAUCAGGGGCAGAACGUACCCCUUAACCACAGAUCCAGAUGAAUCCCCUAAACCAUAAACCUAACUUUAACCACAAAUCUAGAAUCCGCUUACCCUUCCCAACUCCUACCCAUCACAAGGAAAUACAUUAAUCUGACCUUAGAUCAGUGCCUAGAGUGCCCCUCACUCUCUCUCUGUUCCAGACUUAUGGGGACAGGAGGCGGAGCUCCGCUCUCGCCGACAGCAACGGUUUCCCCGGCAACGCCAAUCUGCCCGAUCUGGUGCAGCAAAGCCCCUCCCCCCUGGUCUCCCCUGGCAAUGGCUCUGGGCGCAGCCACUCCGAAGUAGGUUCACUAGCCCCCCUACAUCCCAACUGCUUGCAUCCUUGCACCCUACACCUUUACAUGCUAGCCAUCUACACACAACCCCCCCUACAUGCUAUCCCCCUGCACACAACCUCACUGCACACAGACCCCUACACCCUUGCCUCUUGCCUCCGUGCCCUUGCCCUCUGCGUCCUAAAAGUGAAUAGGAAAAAAACUCACCCUCCCCUCUAGUCUGACUUGGACCUAGUCUGUCUGGCUCUUGAGACUAAACCCACUCUAACCCAAUCCAUAUCCAUAUCCAUUUCUCCUUCCAUUCUCUUCCUUUGCUGCUGCUGGUCACAUGAUCUCCUCUCUCCUGCAUGUUGUGUGUGCAUGGCAAACCAAGUCUAAUGUUGCUCAACACACUUUCCACUCUGGCCACCCGUUAGAGCAGUGAUCACCUUUUCUGAGUCAAGAUUAGGGCUGUGGCGGUCAUGACAUUUUGUCAGCCGGUGAUUGGUCAAGCAAAUAACUGCUGGUCUCACUGUAAUUGACCGUUAAUUAACAUAAACAUAUUUAGCAUCUCCUGGCUUCCACGCAUACCUUUGGAACAUCUACAUUUAAAAAAGUAUAAUAAAUCAAUUUAAUAUAAUCUACACCAUCACAAUAAAUCCAUUAUUUAUUUUAGACUGGUCUAAAGAAAUUAUAUGAAGAAAAUGUAGUCUAUUUCAGAAUAACAGAAUAGCAUACUCUGAGUUGUCCUUAUGUUAGGCCCUGAUCUGGCUAUGCCAAAUGGCUGUGGGCUACAGUAGUUCAUUCAGCAGACAAGAUUUGUUUAGAAUUCCAUGGCAUUAUUUUAAAGUAUGAAGAAUACUUGGGCUGAAAAUAAUAAUAAUAAUUCCCUUCUCCUGGCUGCGUGAUCCGAGGGCACCUCUCACUCACAUGGCUCUCUCAGAUAUCUCAAUUCUUAUUAGCCAAUGCCCAUCAUGUGAUCGGGUCCUUCUCACAGAAUCUCGGGUCCUUCUCACAGGCUACAAGUGAAGACAGACACAUCGGGGAUGCAAAUGCGAGCGUCCUUAUCGAAUUCCGAGGCUCAUAUUGAAGAUGUUGGAAGAACUGACCACAUUUACUUUUCGUCAGCCAACAAGAUGAGUAGGCCUUACGAACAGCAAAAGCACUAGCCUAUGUCAAUCUACUAUCCCCCCAUAGCACAAACGUUUACCUGUUUUAUUGGUCAACUUGUUCCUUCUGAAUGAGAAAUAAAUAUUCCAAACAUAGUCUGGGACAGUUGUGGAAUGCGAUAGAUCCCAAAUUAAUAAAAAAAUUUUUUUUAUGAGGCUGAUGCAACAGAUCAGAAAGUUUUUUCCUAUUUCUUCACAUUAUAAGUACAGCAAGGUGCACACGGUAGUAGGCUAUAAGCGCAAAUGUUCCAAAAUGCAAUCACUUAGCAGGAAAACAGUGAUCGCAAAUGCGAUUAUGCAUGUAAUGCUUUAUUAUAAAGGAGCAUUUUUAUGGUGAAAAUUAUCUUCCCCAAACUUGAAACUCACGCACCUCCUAUGUAUGCCAGUUAGGCUCUACACCGGUUGUAAAGCGGAUAAAUUGUUUUCAUCAAUCUACACACAAUGCCCCAUAAUGACAAAGCAAAAACAGUUUUUUAGAAAUUUUUGCAAAUGUAUUAAACAUAAAAAAUGGAAAUGUAACAUUUACAUAAGGAUUCAGACCCUUUACUCUGUACUUUGUUGAAUCACCUUUGGCAGCGAUUACAGCCUCAAGUCUUCUUGGGUAUGACGCUACAAGCUUGGCACACCUGUAUUUGGGGAGUUUCUCUCAUUAUUCUCUGCAGAUCCUCUCAAGCUCUGUCAGGUUGGAUGGGGAGCGUCGCUGUACAGCUAUUUUCAGGUCUCUCCAGAGAUGUUUGAUCGGGUUCAAGUCUGGGCUCUGGCAGGGCCACUCAAGGACAUUCAGAGACUUGUCCCGAAGCCACUCCUGCGUUGUCUUGGCCGUGUUCUUAGGGUUGUUGUCCUGUUGGAAGGUGAACCUUCGCCCCAGUCUGAGGUCCUGAGUGCUCUGGAGCAGAUUUUCAUCAAGGACCUCUCUGUACUUUGCUCUGUUCAUCUUUCCCUCGAUCCUGACUAGACUCCCGCUGAAAAACAUCCACACAGCAUGAUGCUGCCACCAACAUGCUUCACCGUAGGGAUGGUGCCAGGUUUCCUCCAGACAUGACGCUUGGCAUUCAGGCCAAAAAGUUCAAUCUUGGUUUCAUCAGACCAGAGAAUCUUGUUUCUCAUGGUCUGAGAGUCCUUUAGGUGCCUUUUGGCUAACUCCAAGCGGGCUGUCAUGUGCCUUUUACUGAGGAGUGGCUUCUGUCUGGCCACUCUACCAUAAAGGCCUGAUUGGUGGAGUGCUACAGAGAUGGUUGUCCUUCUGGAAGGUUCUCCCAUCUCCACAGAGGAACUCUGGAGCUUUGUCAGAGUGACCAUCGGGUUCUUGGUCACCUCUUUUACCAAGGCCCUUCUCCCCAAUUGCUCAAUUUGGCCGGGUGGCCAGCUCUAGGAAGAGUCUUGAUGGUUCCAAACUUCUUCCAUUUAAGAAUUAUGGAGGCCACUGUGUUCUUGGAGACCUUCAAUGCUGCAGAAGUAUUUUGGUACCCUUUCCCAGAUCUGCGCCUCGACAUGCACUGUCAACUGUGGGACCUUAUAUGGACAGGUGUGUGUCUUUCCAAAUCAUGUCAAAUCAAUUGAAUUGACCACAGGUGGACUCCAAUCAAGUUGAAGAAACAUCUCAAGGAUGAUCAAUGGAAACAGGAUGCACCUGAGCUCAAUUUCGAGUCUCAUAGAAAGUGGUCUGAAUACUGUUCUGUUUUUUAUUUGUAAUAAUUUUGCAAACAUUUCUAAUCUGUUUUUGCUUUGUCAUUAUGGGGUAUUGUGUGAAGAUUGAUAAGAAUUAUUUUUUAUUUUAUCCAUUUUAGAAUAAGGUUGUUACGUAACAAUGUGGAAACAGGGAAGGGGUCUGAAUACUUUCCAAAUGCACUGUAGGUCUAUAGGCUAGGCUACAUGAGGUGUGCGACUAUGAUUUGAAAAAGUCGCAAAAAAAAGGCGUGCGCUGUUUCUUCCCUUACUGCACACAAGCUGGGCAUCAUUCACUAGUGAUAAUAUAUAAUUCACAAGUGAUAAGAUAGUUAUGUCACCCAUCAGACUAUUGUUGAUUCAAUCUUGUCUUGACAUAUACUAAAUAAUAUAUGUGUGAAAUUUGUCUUGAUUUAGAAUGGACCAUUUAUCAUGCACGUCUCGAAUCAAGGGCAGGGGAAAUGUCAUCUAUGCACUUAAAUAGCGAAUCGAGGAUGCUUUUCCCGUGGUUCAUUUUCAUGCUAGCCAGGUAGGCUAUACUCCUGUUGUAAACAUAAGCAAUGUGCUUAAUAUUAGAAAAGUUGAGAAAUAAAUAUAGUAGGUCUAGCCUAUAGAAAGCUGAUGAGAUCCUCUUUUUAAUAGAGGCCAUCAAAACUAUUUUCUCAUGCAAUUGCAUAGCAUGUAGAAAUGUUGCGCAACAUGAGCUCAUGGGCUCUCAUGAGGUGUUUGAUUUUUGAAAACAUUUGCAUUGAUGUCAGAGUGAUUAGAGGGACAAUAGAGUGCUGAGUACCAGGCAGUUAGCAAGUUUGGUUGGCUACUAAUGACCAUCAGCAGCAUCAGAGCUUGGAGAAGUCUAGUUACCGUGACUAAAUGGUCAUGUGGAAUUUGACUGAGGUUAUACUUGGUGACAUGCGUCAGUGUGGGUCCUGGUAAAUUUUGUCACAUUCUAACAGCCAUAGUCAACAGACCGGCUCUCGUGGGGGCAGGUUAGCUUAUUGGUUAAGAGGUUGUGCAGUAACCAAAGGUCGCUGGUCUAUCCCCGAGCCGACUAGGUAAACAUCUGUCGAUGUGCCCUUGGAGCAAGGCACUUAACCCUAAUUGCUCCUGUAAGUCGCUCUGGAUAAGAGCGUCUGCUAAAUGACCAAUUAAUUUAAUUUAAUUUAAUUAAUUAAAAAAUCACUUUCACAGUCAAAAAUCAAGCCGAGAUCUACUGUUCAGAUUUUUAUUUAAGCAUUACUUAAAAAAAUUAACAUUAACCUAAUAAAAACAGUUCUGUAGGAAUGAGGUUUGUACAGUAGGCCUAAUACAUUAUCACAGCAUAUUGGCUAUAUGCCUGGAUUGCCAAUAUUGUUCUUCUCAGACCAUAUUAUAUUUCAAACCUCGAGUGUUGAUAACAAAAUAGAUAAGUUGGUGUAGCACUUGCGAGGCACAGCUGAGCAUAAAUUUAAAUAAUUUGGUAAUCAUUUGCUUUUUUAUGUUACUGGACUGAUGGCGCCUGCAUCUGAUGGUCAUGCUGCUUUCAAGACAACUGGGAACUCGGAAAAGAAACGAGGUCAAAUCAUGACGUUAGUGAUCUUCAGGUCGGAAAGGCAAAGCUCUAGAAAUUGGAUGACCGUUCCCAGUUGUCUUGAACACACUGAAGUCGGAAGUCUGAGAUUUCAGAGUUUCAAGUUCCCAGUUGUCUUGAACACACUGAAGUCGGAAGUCUGAGAUUUCAGAGUUUCAUGUUCCCAGUUGUCUUGAACACACUGAAGUCGGAAGUCUGAGAUUUCAGAGUUUCAAGUUCCCAGUUGUUUUGAACACGCCGUUCGUCUCAGUGGAGGGAGGGGAAGAGCAGCAAAGGGUCCGCCUCUCACGGUCCUUACUUACAGCUUCCUUUCGUCCAGUGAGACUCCAGAGAGACGGGACACCGUCUUCCACCUGAUGGCGAAACUCCAGUCACACUGCAUCUGCCUCUUGCACAAAUUCAUGUUGAUCCUAUGACCAGAAAAAGUGAAAUAUUCCUUGAUAUUAAAAUAGACAACGAGCUGUUAAUAAUAAUAAUAAUAAUAAAAACGCAGGGCUAUCGAUACAUUUGGCUACUCAUUCAUUGCAGCGCGAGUGGAAGUAGGGAGAAAUGUGUUUUUAUGUUUUGUAGUAGUGUUGAAUAAAAACAGUGUUGACAGUGCUGAAUAAAAACCGUGUUGACAGUGCUGAAUAAAAACCGUGUUGACAGUGCUGAAUAAAAACAGUGUUGACAGUGCUGAAUAAAAACAGUGUUGACAGUGCUGAAUAAAAACAGUGUUGACAGUGCUGAAUAAAAACAGUGUUGACAGUGCUGAAUAAAAACAGUGUUGACAGUGCUGAAUAAAAACAGUGUUGACAGUACUGAAUAAAAACAGCAGCUCUUUGACAGUCUCUCUGGUCAUGGUUUUAAACAUUAUUACAUCUCACAUAGGCUAUUAUCAAACUUUGCUGUGGCCGGGGUCGUGGAAGCCGUAGGCACAGUGAUUUGAGCUAUCCGAUUGUCCAGCGCAAUAGUCACACUCGAUUUAGCCACAGAUCUCCUGGUAGGCGGAGAAUGAAAUGGUUCAGAUUGGGAACACUUUUCCUACCAGGUACGCAUGGCUUCAGAAUCAAGUGUAUCUACCUCCAACAGCGCAAUAAGAUUUAUUUUUAAAGGAGCGCAGGCCUUUAUCAUUGGCUAUUCUACAAAAACGUUGAUGAUCGACUGGUUGGUGACCACUGCGUUAGAUUAUGCUGAAAACCCUCCCACCUGGCUACCUGUUAGAUUAUGCUGAAAACCCUCCCACCUGGCUACCUGUUAGAUUAUGCUGAAAACCCUCCCACCUGGCUACCUGUUAGAUUAUGCUGAAAACCCUCCCACCUGGCUACCUGUAAGAUUAUGCUGAAAACCCUCCCGCCUGGCUAUCUGUUACCUCAAAGGACAGAAAUUGGGGCCUGUAGUUUUUCCUGGUCAGAUCACAUGGUCUGGGAUACCGCUGAGCCCUGAUGCUCUGAGGCCCUGAUCCUACCCCUCUCUCUGAUUGGCCGCUGAGCCCUGAUGCUCUGAGGCCCUGAUCCUACCCCUCUCUCUGAUUGGCCGCUGAGCCCUGAUGCUCUGAGGCCCUGAUCCUACCCCUCUCUCUGAUUGGCAGUACGGUGUGGGCAGUGGCAGUGGCUCCAAGUCCUCCUCCUUCACGCCAUUCGUUGAUCCACAAGUCUACGGAACCUCCCCCACCGAUGAUGAUGAUGAUAACUCUGCGUCCGGUGAGUCAGUUAUCUUUACAUUUACAUUUUUUGUCAUUUAGCAGACGCUCUUAUCCAGAGCGACUUACAGUUAGUUAGUGCAUUCAUCUUAAAGCUAGAAACCUUAGUUGUUACAUCUAUUGUUGGACUUAUAAAUCAAUGAUACAGUAUAUACCAUAGAUUCUUAAAGAAUAUAACUUAUAAAUGCCCCAUGAGCUUAGUUCAACUGUCGUACCCCGUCAGAACCCAAAAUAGAAGCUUGUUUUACUCCAAUGUUAGUAAACAAUGUACAUGUAAAUAAACACUGUACAGCCUCAACAUGGUUAGAACUAUAAUUUUGAUGUCACGGAGGGUCAGUCCUUGCAUCCAUAGCUCUGUCUAUGAAUUUGAGGGUGGUUACAUUUCUCCAGGCCUAUCCCUGAGCUUUUUACCAAAACACAGGCUGAGUGCCACUUUGUUAUUGUUUCAAUGAAGGACUCUAGCUUUAAGAUAGCUAGGUGAGACAACCACAUAUCACAGUCAUAGUAAGUACAUUUUUCCUCUAUAGAAGUAGCUAUCCGCAAUAUCUGUUCAAUCUCAUCUUUUUUUAAAGCUCUUUUUGCCAGUGAAUUGCUUAGGAAUCAGCAGGUUGUGUGAAUGUUUCUUUAUGUUUUAAGGUUGUCCUGUGGUUGUUGUAAGUUUUGAAAGGUUAUGUGAACGUUAGUGUAAAGUUAUCCUGCGGUUACAGCCCACUUUGCGAACGAGCUGCUGCUUCAGGAGCAGGCCAGACUGAACGAGGCCAGAAAGAUCAGCGUGGUCAACGUGAACCCAACCAACAUACGACCUCACAGCGACACGCCUGAGAUACGCAAAUACAAGAAACGCUUCAACUCUGAGAUACUGUGUGCUGCUCUCUGGGGUAAGACACGUAAACUAUAUGUAUACACACACACACACAUUGUGCUAUUGUGUGUGUUUAUCAUUUGUGUGUGUCUGUGUGUGUAUAGGUGUGAACCUGCUGGUGGGGACAGAGAACGGUCUGAUGUUGCUGGACCGUAGUGGUCAAGGGAAGGUCUAUAACCUGAUCAACCGCCGACGCUUCCAACAGAUGGACGUUCUGGAGGGACUCAAUGUCCUGGUCACCAUAUCAGGUAGGACUGACUGCAACCCAACCGCUACUUAAACACGAUCAGACCUUAACAAACGGUUCUGGAGCUCCAUCGGAGUGGAGUGUUAUGGUUUGUUUCUGUUUGUUACUUUGUGGUUUUGACUGUCCGGUCUCAAAAGGCAGACUUGUGUUUUCUAAAGAACUCGAGGCCUGUAGAAAUGCUUUGUAAAGAUUGUAAGAUCACUCUGGAAGAGCUAAUAGGCUUAAGACUUUUCCCUCUCUUCCCCUCCCUCUCCUUUCCCCUCUCGCUCCUCCUCCAGGGAAGAAGAAUAAGUUGCGUGUGUACUACCUGUCCUGGCUGAGGAACAGGAUAUUACACAACGACCCCGAGGUGGAGAAGAAGCAGGGCUGGGUCACUGUAGGAGAGAUGGAGGGCUGCGUGCACUACAAAGUCGGUACGUGUGUGUGUGUGUUGGCUGGGUGAAGUUUAAACCUGGGUGGUCUGUGUGUUGCAUUAGCCCAUUGAGCUAAAGCCAAGGCAUUAUCACGGGUUACUAACACCAGUCUCAGUGAGUGAUUGACCCUCGUGUGUGUGUGUGUGUGUGUGUGUGUGUGUGUGUGUGUGCUGUUUCCAGUGAAGUAUGAGAGGAUCAAGUUUCUGGUGAUCGCUCUGAAGAACUCAGUGGAGAUCUUUGCCUGGGCGCCCAAACCCUACCACAAGUUCAUGGCCUUCAAGGUAACACACACACACCAAUAUGAUCUCAUUUCCUCCACUACCACCUGGGUGAUGCCCAGCAGCCAUUUUCAAGCAGAAUGCUCUCCACACAUCAGUGAUCACAGUAUCUCUCUCUCUCUAUUCCCUGAUGUCUCUCGUUCUGUCUGUCUGUCAGUCGUUCACUGACCUGCAGCACCGCCCCCAGCUGGUUGACCUGACAGUGGAGGAGGGUCAGAGGUUAAAGGUUAUCUAUGGCUCCAGCAUCGGGUUCCAUGUCAUCGAUGUCGACUCUGGCAACCCUUAUGACAUCUACAUUCCCUCCCACGUAAGACUGUGUGUGUGUGUGUGUAUGUGUGCGCACGCUCAGAGAAGGACACCUGAACCAGGUAACAUCUGAUUUCUCCACUCUGGUGGUGAGCCGUUGGUUCCCCUUUGAACUACGACCUCUUAAAUGGGAACCGUACCUACCCUGGUUUCAGGGCUCGAAUACCAUGACGUUUACCAUUUAUGUUGUUCAAACCAUGACAAUGCUAUUUUGUUUACAUUGUGUGUUACCAUGGUUAUUGUGUGGAUGAUGGAGUGGGAGAUUCCAUUGUUGCAGCAGUUUCUCUUCGCACAGGGGAGUGGGGAGCUGGCCACGAGACAGGGAGGGAGGGAGGGAGGGAAAGAAGAGGGAGAGAUUUAGAGAAAUACAUGAAAGAAAGGGUUAGAGGAGUUGCGGGGGUCGUGCUCUGUGCCCGCCAGGCUGACGCCAGCCCCACCCCUCCACUGUGUGGUAUCUAUCGCCCCCGGCAGAUUCAGAGUCAGGUGACGCCCCAUGCCAUCGUGGUGCUGCCGCGGACCGACGGGAUGGAGAUGCUGCUGUGUUAUGAGGACGAGGGCGUCUACGUCAACACCUACGGACGCAUCACUAAAGACGUGGUGUUGCAGUGGGGAGAGAUGCCUACAUCUGUUGGUAGGUCACACACAGACACGAUAUACACAACUCUCACUUCCCCCCUCACACACUUCUAUGGCCCCUCGGAGCUGUGUGUUCAUGGCACGUAACUACUCCUCUCCCUCCACCACCCCACACUCUCACACACGUCUCACCACACGUUACCACCCCCACUAUCCACUACCCCCACAAACGACCCUCACUAUUCCUCACUACCCGCACUAUCACCUCACCCUCACGACCCUCAUACCCCUCACCCCUCACUUCCCUCACUACCUCCUCACUCCGCACUACCCCUCACCAUCCUCACACGACCCCUCACUAUUCCCUCACUCACACUACCCCCACUAUCCCACUACCCCCACUAUUCCAAUCACACCCUCACUAUCCCACACUCCCCUCACUAUCCUCACUACCCCUCACUACUCAAACCCCUCACUAGCCUCACUACCACCCCCUAAACCUCACCCUCACACCCUCACUAUCACUAUUCCUCACCACACCCCUCCUAUUCCUCACUAUCCCCACUACUCACUACCCUCACUAUUAUUCCUCCUACCCCUCACUAUUCCUCACUACCCCUCACUAUUCCUCACUACCCCUCACUAUUCCUCACUACCCCUCACUAUUCCUCACUACCCCUCACUAUCCCACUACCCUCACUAUUCCUCACUACUCACUCCUCACUAUCUCAUACCUCACUAUCCCUCACUAUUCCUCACUACCCCUCACUAUUCCUCACUACCCCUCACUAUUCCUCACUAUCCCACCUCACUAUCCUCACUAUUCCUCACUAUCCUCACAUCCUCACUAUUCCUCACUAUUCCUCACUACCCCUCACUAUUCCUCACUAUUCCUCACUAUUCCUCACUAUUCCUCACUAUCCCCUCACUAUUCCUCACUAUUCCUCACUAUUCCUCACUAUUCCUCACUAUUCCUCACUAUUCCUCACUAUUCCCCUAUCCUCACUACCCCUCACUAUUCCUCACUACCCCUCAUUCCCCCCCCCUCACUAUCCCCUCAACUACCCCUCAUACUCCCCCCCCCCCCCCCCCCCCCCCCCAACCACAAAUCAUGCACAUCCACUGAUAAUUAGCAACUUUUUCUAGCAGGCCUUAUAGAAAAUGGACACAGGUCCCAUAAACAAUCUCUCAAGCACAAACCCACGUGCUAGUGAGUAGCCAGCUAACCUUUAUACGCUAACAACGUAGAACAGUUUAACUGUUAUAAAUACACCCUCCUGUCCAUCUCCAACUGUUCGAACAACAUAGCCUGUUCACUUUAAGAUCAAGUAGCCUACCUGGAUAAGAAGAUAAUUAUUUCUCAGAAUGAGAACAUGUUGCCCAUUCCUUAUAUAAAUGCGUAUUUUUAAUGCUCAUUGCACAUUUAUAAAACAAAGACUAGACAGCUAGCACAUGACAGUCGGUGGCUAAAAUGCUGCUAGCGAUACAGCGCGCGACAAACUGAGCAUUAACUCCAACCCCUGCUCUCCCACUCCAACCCCUGCUCUCCCACUCCAACUCCGACCCCUGCUCUCCCACUCCAACUCCGACCCCUGCUCUCCCACUCCAACUCCGACCCCUGCUCUCCCACUCCAACUCCGACCCUGCUCUCCCACCCCAACUCCGAACCCUGCUCUCCCACCCCAACUCGAACCCUGCUCUCCCACCCCAACUCGAACCCUGCUCUCCCACCCCACUCGAAACCCUGCUCUCCCACCCCAACUCGAACCCUGCUCUCCCACCCCAACCUCGAACCCUGCUCUCCCACCCCAACUCGAACCUGCUCUCCCACCCCAACUCGAACCCUGCUCUCCCACCCCAACUCGAACCCUGCUCUCCCACCCCAACUGAACCCUGCUCUCCCACCCCAACUCGAACCCUGCUCUCCCACCCCAACUCGAACCCUGCUCUCCCACCCCAACUCGAACCCUGCUCUCCCACCCCAACUCGAACCCUGCUCUCCCACCCCAACUCGAACCCUGCUCCCCCACCCCAACUCGAACCCUGCUCUCCCACCCCAACUCGAACCCUGCUCUCCCACCCCAACUCGAACCCUGCUCUCCCACCCCAACUCCAACCCUGCUCUCCCACCCCAACUCCAACCCUGCUCUCCCACCCCAACUCCAACCCUGCUCUCCCACCCCAACUCCAAACCCCUGCUCUCCCACCCCAACUCCAACCCUGCUCUCCCACCCCAACUCGAACCCCUGCUCUCCCACCCCAACUCGAACCCCUGCUCUCCCACCCCAACUCGAACCCCUGCUCUCCCACCCCAACUCCAACCCUGCUCUCCCACCCCAACUCCAACCCUGCUCUCCCACCCCAACUCCAACCCUGCUCUCCCACCCCAACUCCAACCCCUGCUCUCCAACCCCAACUCCAACCCCUGCUCUCCCACUCCAACCCCUGCUCUCCAACCCCAACUCCAACCCCUGCUCUCCCACCCCAACUCCAACCCCUGCUCUCCAACCCCUGCUAUCCAAUUCCAACCUCCACCAAAUACCUCCUAGUAGUUUGACAUGUAGUGCUCCCUUUCCACAUACAGUGAGGGGGAAAAAAAAUUGAUCCCCUGCUGAUUUUGUAUGUUUGCCCACUGCAAAGAAAUUAUCAGUCUAUAAUUUUUAGUUGGCCACCAGGUUUGCACACAUCUCAGGAGGGAUUUUGUUCCACUCCUCUUUGCAGAUCUUCUCCAAGUCAUUAAGGUUGAGGCUGACGUUUGGCAACUCGAACCUUCAGCUCCCUCCACAGAUUUUCUAUGGGAUUAAGGUCUGGAGACUGGCUAGGCCACUCCAGGACCUUAAUGUGCUUCUUCUUGAGCCACUCCUUUGUUGCCUUGGACGUGUGUUUUGGGUCAUUGUCAUGCUGGAAUACCCAUCCACGACCCAUUUUCAAUGCCCUGGCUGAGGGAAGGAGGUUCUCACCCUAGAUUUGACGGUACAUGGCCCCAUCCAUCGUCCCUUUGAUGCGGGGAAGUUGUUCUGUCCCCUUAGCAUAAAAACACCCCCAAAGCAUAAUGUUUCCACCUUCAUGUUUGAUGGUGGGGAUGGUGUUCUUGGGGUCAUAGGCAGCAUUCCUCCUCCUCCAAACACGGCGAGUUGAGUUGAUGCCAAAGAGCUCGAUUUUGGUCUCAUCUGACCACAACACUUUCACCCAGUUCUCCUCUGAAUCAUUCAGAUGUUCAUUGGCAAACUUCAGACGGCCCUGUAUAUGUGCUUUCUUGAGCAGGGGGACCUUGUGGGCACUGCAGGAUUUCAGUCCUUCACGGCGUAGUGUGUUGCCAAUUGUUUUCUUGGUGACUAUGGUCCCAGCUGCCUUGAGAUCAUUGACAAGAUCCUCCCGUGUAGUACUGGGCUGAUUCCUCACCGUUCUCAUGAUCAUUGCAACUCCACGAGGUGAGAUCUUGCAUGGAGCCCCAGGCAGAGGGAGAUUGACAGUUAUUUUGUGUUUCUUCCAUUUGCGAAUAAUCGCACCAAUUGUUGUCACCUUCUCACCAAGCUGCUUGGCGAUGGUCUUGUAGUCCAUUCCAGCCUUGUGUAGGUCUACAAUCUUGUCCCUGACAUCCUUGGAGAGCUCUUUGGUCUUGGCCAUAGUGGAGAGUUUGGAAUCUGAUUGAUUGAUUGCUUCUGUGGACAGGUCUUUUAUACAGGUAACAAACUGAGAUUAGGAGCACUCCCUUUAAGAGUGUGCUCCUAAUCUCAGCUCGUUACCUGUAUAAAAGACACCUGGGAGCCAGAAAUCUUUCUGAUUGAGAGGUGGUCAAAUACUUAUUUCCCUCAUUAAAAUGCAAAUCAAUUUAUAACAUUUUUGACAUGCGUUUUUCUGGAUUUUGUUGUUGUUAUUCUGUCUCUCACUGUUCAAAUAAACCUACCAUUAAAAUUAUAGACUGAUAAUUUCUUUGUCAGUGGGCAAACGUACAAAAUCAGCAGGGGAUCAAAUACUUUUUUCCCUCACUGUAUACAGUACCAGUCAAAAGUUUGGACACACCUACUCAUUCAAGGGCUUUUCUUUAUUUUUUAUAUUUUCUACAUUGUAGAAUAAUAGUGAAGACAUCUAAACUAUGAAAUAACACACGGAAUCAUGUAGUGACCAAAAAAGUGUUAAACAAAUCAACAUAUAUUUUAUAUUUGAGAUUUUUCAAAUAGCCACACUUUGCCUUGAUGACAGCUUUGCACACUCUUAUAUAUAUAUAUAUAUAUAUAUAUAUAACACACACUUGCAACUCCUAGACACUUACACCACUCUGCAUGCUCCUACUCGUGAUUCCCCUCGACCUGCACUUCUCACACUCCCUACCCCUAGAGUCCUGCCCCCCCAGCCCCUGCUCUCCCACCUCAACUCAACCCCUAAUCUCUAACUCCUGCUCUCCAACUUUGACCUCUGCUCCCCAACUCCGACCCCUGCUCUCCCACCACAACUCAACCCAUGCUCUCCCACCCCUGCUCUUCAACCCCUGCUCUCCCACUCCAACUUCUGCUCUCCCACCAACUCCAACCGCUGCUCUCACACCCCAACUCUAA